GAGGCAGCAGUUGUAGGUGACUCGAAGUGCACUCAACGCGGGGAAACCUCGGGAUACGGACUUACACACGGUCUCGGAACAACAUUGUCGAAAGUCUGGAAAGAGACGGUGUUGUCGUGAGUGUAUUUCGGAAAUCAUAAGAAAAAACGGUCGACAAAAUGCGUAUCGACUGAGCACAAUCGGAGACGGCGUGUUCGUUGUCUGCCUAGCCCAACAUGGCGCUGCGGAGCUUUACCGGGCUGAAUUAGUUCGUCUCGUGGAGUCUACGGACGCUCUCCACCUGUACGCUUAAGGACUACUGAACUCAUCUUAUGUUUGGACUAAGGAAUACAGUUUGGGAUUUUACUGGAUUUUGAGGAUGUUAAUAUAUCACUCAACGACGCAUUUCCCCAUGUCUGGAUAUACAUCGAGACUUUGGAUUGUUAACAUGUUUAAGUCAUCUUCUGUCCAUUCCACGAAGUAAAUAGUUUUGGUCUGUAUUUGUCUUCAGUUCGAACACAACUGUAGGUUACUGUGCAUACGUCCGAUGUGUUCAGAACUGGUCUUUGCUUAGUUUUGGGAUGACUGCCUCUCCGACACUAAUAACGGUGUUCAUUGCUUGAACUGAUCGUGUCGUCAACUUAUAACUAGAGGUUUUUUUGUCAUAACCAAGGACGAGGGAAUCAUUUGGAGCUUAAGUCUGCAAGUUCUAACCCACACGUUAUGGUGAAGUCCAGACAACCUAGAAGAGACAACUAAAGAGGAUCCUACAAAGCAUGGUGGAUGCGAGUGCAGCUUGCAGGAUGAACCCACUCGCUGCGCUUGGCAUUGAUCGGAGCGGCCUGAUGCACGAGGGCCUGCGUGUGCACGGCGGGAUGGUCUACCCGCCCGGCCUGCACACACUCCCCACGGAGAAGGCUCGCGAGGGCGCCUCGCUGCCCCUGGGCUACGUCAGCGACCGCCUGCCCGACCUCUACAAGCAGGACGUGUCUCUGGACGCCAGGAAAGCCACCAACGGUUACGUGGGCCUCUACAAGACGCCCCCGCCAGGCCUCCAGAAGCCCCUGGGGGUGCCCGGCUCAGGAGCGGACGUGCUGGGGCUGGACCGACGCGUCGGGCCGGGGGACAAGGCCUCCGAGCUCGGGCUGAACGGCGGCAGCAGCUUCCUCGGCCGCCUGCCGUGGAUGUCCAGCCCCUACCACGAGGCGGCCAUGUACCCCUUCCUGGACUCCAAGUACGCAGCACUUAACAUGUACAAGGCCUCCUUCAUGUCCCAGCCGUCGCACUACCUGCCCCAGCACCUGGCCUACCAGCCGGGAGCAGAGCGCCUCUUCUACAUGUCCCCCUACACCUCCGCCCCCAUCUCCUCCCCCCUCGCCCCCCCACUACGCAUCCCCACGGCCACCGUGGCCCCCACCACGCUGUCGCCGCUCAUGCACUGCCAGGACAAGAGCCUGGCCAGCAUGGGCCCCCGGAUCCACCACGAGGCCUCCGCCUUCGGGCAGCAGCUGCACCAGCACCAGCCCCAGCACCAGGGCCACCACCAGGCCCACAGCGACCGGCAACACUGCCAUAGCAACAGCAGUGACCGGCAACACACUCAUAGCAACAGCAGUGACCGGCAACACAGUCAUAGCAACAGCAGUGACCGGCAACACAGUCACAGCAACAGCAACAGCAGUGACCGGCAACACAGUCACAGCAACAGCAGUGACCGGCAACACAGUCACAGCAACAGCAGUGACCGGCAACACAGUCAUAGCAACAGCAGCGACCGGCAACACUGCCAUAGCAACAGCAGUGACCGGCAACACAGUCACAGCAGUGACCGUCAACACAGUCACAGCAACAGCAGUGACCGGCAACUUGGCAGCAGCAGCAGCAGCAGCAGUGGAGCUAAUAGCACCAGCAGCAGCAGCAGCAGCAAUGGUGGAGGUGCUGGAGGUGGUGGAGGUGGUGGAGGUGGUGGCUGCAUCAGCAAGUCCUCUCGCACGCCUUCAGGCAAAAGCUCCAGCGGCAGCAGCAGCAGCAGCAGCGCGAGCAGCUCGGUGACCGCUAGUGUGGUCAGCACGUGCCACCCUGUGGACGCCAGUCCUGCGUCGGUGAUGCACGCGCCACGUCCGUCUGCUCGUCCCGCACAGCCUGCCGGCCACCCCCCUCCCCCGCCGCCGCCCCCCCUCGUCGACAGCACUUUGGACUACCAGAAGUUCCGCAGUCCGUCCUCCUCGGCGCCGGCCUCGGCUGGCUCGUCCACUCCGGCCGCGUUCUACGUGAGCGGCGCGCCUCCGGAGCACCGCUCGCCCCACCGCUCCGCCGGACACAAGCCGAAGCCCAAAGACGGGAGCGCUGAGCACCGGUCCGCUGCUCCGAGCGCCGAGCGCAAGGCCAGCAAGUCGCCCUCGCGGACUCCCUCCUCCGCCCCCUCGGAGAGGCCGACACCCCCGCAGGCUCCUACCAAAGACCCGGCGGACAAGCCCCUGGAUCUGUCCGCCAAGAUCCUGGACUUCGAGGGGCCCCCCAACGGAUUCCCCCCAAAGCUGGAGGCCCUGGCCAAGCUGGGGUACCCUCCCCCGUCGCCCCGUUACGGGCUGCCCCCCAGCCGCGAGCUGCUCAAAGAGACCCUGUCCCCCUCCUCGUCCUCGUCCUCGUCCUCCAAGACGCCCGAGCGGCCCGAGAGGCCCGAGAUCAUCAGCACUGUACACUCGUCCUGGGUAGUGCCACACGGGGCGCCCACGCCGCCCGCUCUCAGCCUGGACGCCGGCCAGAGCAAAGCGCCGUCUGUGAUCAGGAGCAAGAGCGUGGAGCACGCGGCCGCCCAGCCUCGGAGCUCCUCCUGCUGCCCGCGCACGGCCGACGCCAACCACGUCCUGAUGCCCACGCCGGCGCCAGCGCCCGCCCUGGUCAUCGUGACCCCCGUCGGGCGACCCUCCUCCACCUCGCCGUCCCCGAAGCCCAGCGGGGAGUGGCCGAAAUCAAACCCGACUCCGCCGGACAAGGGCUCGUCGGCGCACCGCGCGGCCGCCCACCCGCAGUGCGUCAAAGCGGCGAAAGCCUCGAAAAAGCCGGAGCCUCAAGACAUCCCCUUCAAACCGCAGCAGUCCCACCUGGACAACGGACACCCGUCGGGUCACCUCUACAUGCCCCAGAGCGAGGCCUACAUGUCCGCUGGGCUGUACGCUAACCGCUACCUCCCGUACCCGGUGCCCGACAGCAUGUCCCUGUCUCAUCUGCAGUUGUCCGGCAAAGGUCCGGUCUACCCCCACCCUGUCCUGCUGGGCGGUACCAACCUCUACCCAGCGCGCCUGCCCCCAAAGCACGGCCUGCCGUACGGACUGGCGCCGCCGCACGGAGAGUACCUGACCUAUCACGACCCCCAGGAGAUGGUGCACCCGCUCAUGUCCCCGCACCUCCUGGACCCCAAGGUCAGCGAGCGUCUGGAGCUGCGCUCUCGGCUCCCGCAGGACAAGCCCUGGCAGCACCACGACGACUCGCCCUACAAGCGGCCCGGCGUGAGCGACGGCGAGGCGCUCCACAAAGCCGAGCGCGAGGCGCUGGAGAAGGCGAACAAGUCGCACGCGAGGGACGAGAUCAUCUGCAUAGACCUGAUCCAAGACGAGGCAGAUGGCGGCGGCGGUGGUGGGGGCUCCCAGGCAAACAAAUACAGCGUGAUCACGGCCAAGAGACGGGAGCCCUGCAGGCCUGGUGGCGCUGGCGCUAACGCUAACGCUGGCGCUAACGCUAACGCUAACGCUGGCGACGCCAAGGAGCCGGAGCUCAUGCAGAUCCUGCGCUGCGGCCAGCACCCCCCCGGUGGAGAGUCGCACGCCGCCGAGGCCGCCGGCCAGCACGAGCCCGCCGCCAGCAGGACCCGGCCCCCCCCAGAGACCCCCCAGGGCCCGCGGCCAGACCCCGCCGAGCUCAGCCAGGACGAGGACAGCAUGUCCGAGCUCAGCCCGAUGCCCGCGCUGUCGGAGGAGCAGACGCAGCGCUGCGCCCGCACCUCUGGCGACCGCACCUCGGACGAGUCCGACUACAAAGCCGAGCGGCACGGCGCCGCUGUUGCUCACGGUAACGGCAGUAACGGCAGUAACGGCAGCAGCGGCAGCAGCAGCGCGGCGGCUCUCCUCCGCUACGCCGAGCUGUGCCCCAAGCAGGCGGGCAAGGACGAGGAGUCCCACGAGGAGUCCCACGAGGAGGCGCUCGAGUCCCACGAGGACGAGGAGGACGGCGGGCACAAGAGCCGGCGCUCCAGCCUCACCAAGCGCAUCGCCAACUCCUCGGGCUACGUGGGCGACCGCUUCAAGUGCGUCACCACCGAGCUCUACGCCGACUCCAGCAAGCUGGGCCGAGAACAGCGCGCCCUGCAGAUGGAAGUCUUAUCACAAGAGGACAGUAAUUUAAGGCAACUUGCUGCCAACUGUGAGCGUGCGAUGAUGCGCUUCUCGGAGCUGGAGCUGAAGGAGAAGGAGGGGGGAGUGGCGGGGAGCCAGCAGGCGGAGGGAGACUGGGAGCGCAGCCAAGCCUUCUCCAAGCCCACGGCCACAACCCUCGCCCAGCCGCUAGAGAGGAACG